AUGAAGGCCUCGUUUGCUCCUCGCCGAAUGUCGUUCUGGAAUGAUUAUCUUCCCAAGCUGAUGGAAGUCAAGUUUAAAAAGAGACAGUGGUAAUUAGUGACGCUGGCUGUGCCUCUGCUCUGGCAAAGUUUGUUCUCAUUGCAUUCGCGGUUUUUUCGAUGGUGAUGCACUGAGGAAGACUUUCGGCUCGCGAAAGUAAAUCUUUUUUAGCCGAGUAGAAAUUUCUGAUAGAAUGGCUGUUUUAAGAAAGGUCUGUUACAAUAAGUGGUGGUUGCUUCUGGAUUAACCUUUCUGAUGUGAUGUUUAUGGCAUUUAAGAGGGCCAUGAUACAAAUACUUUUCUCUGGAAAAAUUCCGUACAACACGUCAUUUCUCUUCGAACAAUGUGAUGCUAACAAGCUGAAAAUUUUAAAUGGAAGUGUGCUCCCAUAAACAGUUUCCUCAAUAUUUCCCUAUUACUACCGGAAAGGGCGGGGGAAGGGAAUCAUUUGUUUUCUGGAUAAAAUUAGCAUUAGAUUGAUAUCUGACCUGUUUUUUGCCGGUUGGAGUGGAACAAAAUGUCAUCCGUUUAUCCUAAACGCAUGUGCAGCGCAAUUAUGUUUCCAAAGGAAUUAAAGCUUUCUCAGUUAUGGGAAGAUGUUAACUGCGUUGCAAUUGCCCUUUGAAAGCAGAGGACCUCUCCCUUUAGGCAGCAGUAUCAUACUUAUUUUAAGUGAAAGUCAUGUUUUAUCUUUCUUGGGAUGUCACGCAAUUCUAAUACAAAAGAAGUUUCGGAAGCGUUGCGUGACGUUCUCGUAAGGGUACUAGCAGAACCCGUAGUCUGUAGAGAACAAGGGAACCUAAUGAUGAUCGAUUAUCGAGAGGAGCAUGUUGACAACAGGCUCGUUACAUGUUUUAAGGAGAUUCACGGAUAAAAACAGGUCAGUGGGAGGUUGAAGCCACAACACCCCUACAAUUACCAUGCCGAAAAGGAAACAACGUUUUUUAUUUAGUUAACUUCUCGCUUACCAUAAAAACAAUGACGGACAGCAGAAACCCACUUCCCUUGUGGAUAAUUUCAUAUAUUUAAUAUGGCUGCCACUGUUGUUUACCCAUCAUGAACCACGUGAUCAAUCUACGACGUAAAAAAAUAUGUUCUUAUUAAUGACCUCUGCAAUCACGUUCUAGUAUUACGUAGAUGGGAAGGAAAUAAAGGUUUUAAAAAAUAGAAAUCAGACAAUAUGAGCAUCCUUCGGCAUUUGCGACGAAACACAUCAGUCUGGAUGAUAUGUAGAUACAAUCAUUAGGUUUACCAUCACGGAUUACAUGAGAGCCCUCAAUGACGUGACGUUCCACAAUGACAUGACAAAUAAGUCUUAUUAGGAAAUUUGAGAGGAAAAUUUAUCACGCAAUAGUGUACUUCGCGACAAAACAAAAUUAGCUCAUUAACCUUGAACAUUCUGAGGGCCAGAAUGCUCAUAAGAUUGACGGUGUUCUGUGUCUGGUUGCCCUCAAUCGCUUCUGUAACAGUGUCAACAAAGAAUGGAGAUCUCGAAGGUUUUGUAACUUCGUACGCCAACUUUUCUUUCGCGUACAAGCACGUCAACAAGUUCCUUGGCGUUCCAUUCGCUGCUCCACCGACUUCACAGCUUAGGUUUAAGCCACCAGAACCGCCUCUUAAAUGGAAACCUAAAGUUCGUUCAGCUGAACGACACGGAAACGUUUGCUGGCAAGGCAAGGCCUAUGAAGUUCGGUUAAAAAAGUUUGUCCACAAUUUCACGUACAGCGAGGACUGCUUGUUUCUCGACAUCUACACCCCAGAUGUCAAAUCGAAACUACCCGUGAUGUUUUACAUUCACGGCGGAUCGUAUGAGUUUGGAGCUACAGUCACAUUUCCCGGGGAUAUUUUGGCUUUACAUGGGGUGGUGGUAGUCAUCGCUCAGUAUCGUCUCGGGCCAUUUGGCUUCCUGACUACAGGGGAUUCUGCAUCUCCUGGUAAUUUUGGAAUGCUGGAUCAAGUCGCGGCACUUCAGUGGGUUAAAGAGAACGUUGAAAAUUUUGGCGGGGAUCCCGGCAAGGUGACCAUCUUUGGAUUAAGCGCUGGUGGAACAAGUGUGAGCCUCCAUCUACUGUCUCCAAUGUCUGAGGGCCUCUUCCAACAAGCCAUUGCAGAGAGCGGGGUGGAUUUGAGUCCUUUUGCAAUCCAGCCGACUUCCUUUGGUCUCCGCUUUGCCAAUGAGCUUGCUGGAUACCUGGACUGUCCAACGAGCGACCACAGCGAAAUGAUGGCCUGUAUUCGUCAGAAAGAAGCGAAGGAGAUACAAGACGCAUCCGACUCAAUAACCUAUAUUUUUACCGGAUACCUACGUUGGGCACCAGUUGUGGACAAAUACUUUCUUCUUGACACCCCCCGGAAUCUUCGAAACAAAGGAAAGUUUGAGAAAGCCAAAUUUAUGAUUACUUUUAACAGUGAGGAGGGUGGAACAGCCUUUAGAAAUUUAGUCAACGGAUCGAGUCAGUCUUUCUUCAAAGGAUACAUAACACAAUUUGCGCAUAGUCAGACCAGUAGGUAAGAAAAAGAGAAUUUUGUUAUUAAGCGUUUGGGAAUAAUCAGCUGGUAGAUUCAAUAAACAGAUUUGCGGUUAACCAAGAUUUCGAUGAUUUACUCGGUAAAAUAAGUUGGUUUUUUUAUUUAGACCAGAACAUGUAAGUGAGAAGUCACGAGAAGUCAUCCUCGCGGUUCUGCCCUCCUGCGCGUGUUACUCGCGUUCUCGUUAAGCGUUACCCCUCCAGUGGGGUCCGAAAGUACCUCCAAUAACCAUAAUGAGCUAUAUCUAUUCGUCGUAUGGUCUCCUGCUCUGUUCCCUCCCCUUGAGGGGCUCUUUCCUUAAAUAUCUUACAUUCAUUUCGAAUUGGUACAUACAGGAGACCUGGGAACGAAACUGGGGAUAGACUUGUAUCCAGUCCCUACAUUAUUUAUGCCCUCAGCUUAGAGAAAUGGGAAUCCUUCAUUUGACUAAUACGAAAACAUACUACACUCCUAGUUUUGCUUAGUAUUCAAUACGUCGCUCCAAGUUUCAUCCUAGGUAUCUCAAUCAGAAAUUCUCUUCUCUGCUUUCUUGUCUCUCGCGCAGGGAAAAAAACGCAAACCUUAUUGCGGAUGCCCUGGAGUUUAUGUACACCCCGUGGCCUGAUAAAAGCAACAAAUACGCACUAAGGGGUCAACUUAUGGACCUCUUCGGCGAUUUCGUAUUCUAUGCACCUAGUCACCAGUCUGCCGAUAUUCACAGUUCGGUUGCUCCGGUAUACAUACUCGAGUUUGCGCAUCGUUCAAAAACGAUUACUAAGCUACCGAAGUGGAUGGGCGUGGUCCAUGGUGCCAAUAGACAUUACGACUUUGGAAUUCCUCUAAUCCCACCGUUUUCUUCCCGUUACGACGCAGAUGACAGAAACGUCAGUUUGUUCAUUAUGGCGCUGUACACAAACUUUGCUAAGUUCGGUGAUCCAACGCCGCAGCCAGUCAGCGGUGUUAUGUGGAAGAGAUACAACUCAAGCUACAGGGCGUAUCUACGAGCUGACUCGAAACCUAAGAUGGCGGCGUCCUUUGCCCCGCGUCGAAUGGCAUUCUGGAAUGAUUACUAUCCAAAGCUUGAACAAGUCAAGUUUGAUACUAAGGAAUAUGUGGCCAGUGGUACCGGCGAAAAUGUAUGCAGUACAACAUUUUUUCUCACCGCUCUUUCCUUUGGCAUUUUUAGGACAUUAAAAUGA